AUGGGGAAAGAGGACGAAUUAAUAGAGAAGGCCAAGGUUUCUCUUAUUGAUGCAGUGAAGUUUGAUAAAAAUGACAAGCCAAACGAUGCUCUACGAUCCUACAUGGACGGAAUAGAUUUGUUGGAUCAAGCGGUCAAAUCAAUGUCUUUGGAUGAUGAUCGGAGAAAUCCGUUGUAUAAGCAAAUGGCAAAAUAUGUUGCUAGAGCAGAGCAAUUAAAAGAUGCCACAAAAGUUGAGGUUGGUUUUCUGGAGCAGCGAAAAAUUACGGCAAACAGUACUGGUCAUGGGUACGAUAGGAUUUUUGGAAAGUGUCUGGACGACCAAGUAACGGCUGUACAUGUUCAAGAUGCGUACAUAUGCGCUCAUCAUCAGAUACUUAAUUUUGUGCGUUUUUGUGAACUCGUUGUAAGCAAAGCACCAAAUCUCCGCUGCAUCAAUCUGCUUACCGGUGUGGAAGCGAGAAAUAACCAAGGUGCUUUCGAUGAGCUUGCUGGAAGUUUAGAGAAGGUCAACGUUGUCCUUAACGUGGAUUACAGUUCUUCUCUUCAUGACAGAGAAAUACGGUUCAACAAUGGGUGGAUUGUAAAGAUUGGACGUGGAUUAGACUAUUUUAAAAAUCCCGGCAAAUACGUAUUAGGCGCGUCAGAUCUUAACUUCCGAACGUGCCAUGAAACCACAGUGGAUAUACUAAGACAGAAGAAAUGA